AUGGAGCUGAGGGUCCUCCUCCUGCUGCCGCUCUGCUUCCCAGGUCUCUGGGCCCAGACGCCUGCUGCUGAGGAGAGGCGAUGGGAAGGAGGUGUUCUGCAUAUCCAGUGUCCUUACCCAGGACAGCCGCUGGUGAAGGCCUGGUGCCGCAUGACAGGUGAACAAUGUGAGCACUUAGUGAGGACAAUGCCCAGUUGGUACUUGCACAGAAACCCAGCCACAAAUGGGGAAAUAACAAUAAACAACGACUACAGUCUUGGGAUAGUGUCCAUCACCAUGACUAAACUCCAGACAGAGGACUCGGGCACAUAUGCCUGUGUUUACCGUCCCACUGAACGUGGCAAGGAUGUUACUCUAAAGACGAUCUCACUGAAUGUUUUGAAGGAGCUGCAGAGGUGGGAGCUGGACAGUGUCUCAGUGGAGUGCAAGUACAGUGCCUCAGCCAUCAGCACAUCAAAAGGCUGGUGUCGAAGAGGUCAGAAUGGGUGUAAAACCUGGCUGAAGACAAAUUACCCUUCAACACGGAGUAGCAGCAAAGUCCUGGGUGACAGAGUCGUGAUGGAGGAUGUUACCCAGAGAAGGACCCUCACCAUCACCAUGCAGAAGCUGCAGGCCCGGGACACUGCCACGUACUGGUGUGCACUCUACACAGACUCUCAGCCCACCCGGCUAAUGGAGGUCAGGCUCUCUGUGUCCAAAAAGCGGGUCACAAUCCAGGAUGACAAGGUGCAGGGCAUUGUCACUGUCACCAUGAGGGAGCUGCAGGCAGAGGAUGCUGGUGUGUACUGGUGUGCGCUCUAUGAGGACGGGCAGCUCUUCCGGAUGACGGAGGUUACGCUCAGCAUUCCCAGCAGUGACUUCAGCUCGAAUGGAAACACCUUCAUCCUCCUCUCUGGGGUCCUGAGCAUCCUGUUCCUCCUGGCACUCAGCAGCUCGAUAACGCUGUACGUCUUGUGGCGCAAGCAGGGGAAGAGCAGAGGUAACAGAGAAGCAGAGGACACCUAUGACAAACCAGAGAACGUAGCACAGCUAAGCAGCACUGAAAGAAUGGAAAGUCCCAAGGAUGACAGCAAUGACCUGAAAUAUGCUGCCCUGAACUUUACAUCUCAACGCAGCUCUGAGGAUACUCUCUACUGUAAUGUUGAACCAAGUCAGGCUGACAGGAAGGCCAAAGAUGAAAGUGUGGACUAUGCUGUCAUUGCACUCAAGCACUUGCCAAUGAAUAACAAAGGAUGA